GACACAUUUUAUGUAGGCAUGGCCCCAAAGAGGAACAACGUUAUCCCGAAUGGGCAUUUUCAUAAAGACUGGCAGCGCUAUGUGAGGAAUUGGUUCAACCAGCCUGCCAGGAAGAAGAGGAGGCAUGAUAACAGACUUAAAAAGGCACGCCGUAUCGCUCCCCGACCUGUAGCAGGUGCUCUUAGACCAAUUGUUAAAUGCCCAACUUUUAAAUACAACACUAAAAUCAGGGCAGGCAAGGGAUUCACACUGGAUGAGUUGAAGGCUGCUGGAAUUAACAAAAAAGUAGCUCUCACCAUUGGAAUUGCCGUGGAUUACAGGCGCCGUAACAAGAGUCUGGAGUCCUUACAGCAAAAUGCACAGAGAUUGAAGGAGUACAAAUCCAAAUUGAUCCUCUUCCCCAAGAAACAGAGCAAUCCCAAGAAAGGAGAUGCCACAGAAGAGGAGAUCAAGAUGGCUACACAACUGUCUGGCCCAGUUAUGCCAAUCAGAAAGACCUAUAAACCAGAAAAAGCCAGGAAGAUUACAGAUGAGGAGAAGAAAUUCAGUGCUUUCACCGCUCUUCGUCAAGCCCGUGCUGCCAAGAGACUGCAGGGCUACCGUGAGAAGAAAGCUAAAGAAAAGGCUGAGGAAGAAGCUAAUAAGCCCAAGAAAUAAACUUCACAGUCUUUACAAUAAAUGUGUACAAAGAA